GCGGGAAAGACGGACUGACAGCGAGGAUCGACCUUCCUCCUCGUCUUCCUCAGUCUUUACCUCCACUUUGCUGUUGCCAUCGUUACCGUUGUCAUCAUCCUCUUGCUCGUCGUCUCCUUCCAUCGUAGUCUUCAUCUUCGUCUUUGUCGCCAUCGCCAUCGCCAUCGCCAUCGCGGUCGGUAGAGUUGAAGAAGCAUCGGGAGCUUCCACGUCAUCGUUGGUGGAAACCUUGGACGAUUGAGAGCUGCGAUUGGAAGAGAGAGAGAGAGAGAGAGAGAGAGAGAGAGAGAGAGAGAGAGAGAGAGAGAGAGAGAGAGUAGAAGAAGGUCGGGGUCGCGAUCGCUAAAAGAGUAGGUACUAGGUGGUGGUGGUGUCGGAGGGUGUGCUUUUUUUUCAAAUUUUUUUGUUGUUGUUGUUGGGGUUCUUGGGGCCGGGGGAUGGAAAAAAUGGGGGGGGCGGAGACGGGUUCAUCCGACUUAUUGGGGCCGACGACGGCGGGCAGUGCAAGGGCAGGAAGGAAAGGACGGAUGCUGGAGAGCGUGAUGGAAAGUGCUGGGGGAAUCGGCGUUGGCGGCGGCGGGGGGAGCGGGAGCGGGAGCGGGAAAGAAGAUAGUCUCAGUAGCUCGAUUAGCGCGAUUAGCGCGAUUAGCGCGAUUAGCGCGAUGAGUAGUGGGAGUAAUAAGAAGGAGAGGGAGGGUAGUAGCAGCAGAGGGGUGGUGAAGACACGUGGCGGGAGCGGAUUGGAGGCUGUGGCCGCCGCAUACGCCAAGGAGAAGGAAAAGGGCGGGAAAGUUCGAAUUCAAAACGUGGGCGGCUCGCUGACGUUUCUUUUGCAAUUUGCCUUGCUGGCGUGGGGAGUGCGGCAGCUGCGGAGUGUGCUGGCCAAGCGGAGGUCGGCGGCGCAAAGAGCCGCGCAUCUGGGCGGAAGCUCCGCCCCUGCUUUUGCCAACAUCAGUCCCGCCGCCUUGAAGAGACUCGUGGAGACCAACCCCACUGCCUACUCUCUUCUCGACGUCCGCGCAAGGAACACGGCGGCGGCCAAUCCGGCGCCAUUCAAGAACGUAAUCAACUUGCCAGAGCAGGACGUGCGCGCCAUUUUGUCGUUACCAGAGGCGGCUUUGGAGCGAAGAUUCGCGCCAGCUAGGCAGCCGUUGAGGAGGGAGGUGGUGGUGUUCCUGUCGACACGUGGGCGCAAGGCGCAGCAGGCGGCGGUAGUCGCCGCGUCGCUGGGGUACAGCCGAUGCUGCGUUUUGGCGGGAGGCCUGGUUGGGUAUCAAACCUUUCUGGCAAGCAUGUCCCAACAGCGGCAGCAAGAAGAAGGAGAACCAGGAGCAGGAGGAGGGGGAGGGGGAGGGGGAGGGGACGGGGGCGGGGCCGGGGGAGGGGGAGGGAAGAGUUCGUCUAGUGCUUUGAAGUUUAUAAAUAGAGACGCGUUAGCGCUGCUGUUGGCAAGAAAUCGGGCGGCGGAGAGGGGGGGAGGUGUCAGAGUUGGGGGGGGAAGAGGAGGAGGGGGAGGAGGGGGCCGGGGUGUGGAGAUUGCGAAGCUGGUGGAUUUGCGCCGACACGACGAACGCGCGCUCUAUGGGUCCAUACCCGGCUCUCUUCACCUUCCUGUCGACCAGUGGCCCCGAGCUUUGGCUAUGGAUGCCGAUGCUUGGCAGCAAGCGUUCCAUUUUUCCAAAUUAGGAAAGGAAGAUCUUGUCAUUCUUCAGUGUCGGGAUGGUACCAGAGCCAUGUGGGCUGCCCAGCUCGCUCUCGAUGCGGGCAUGAAGAGGUGUUUUAUCUACCGCCAAGGAGUAAAUGGAUGGCUUCUCGACGAGUCCGUAUUACCUUACGACGGAUACGAGGAGGAGGAGCCGCCUCCUAGUCCGAUCUCUUUUGAGGUGGAGCGGGUCAACAAGGUGGUUGGGGAGAAGGAGCUUCGGGCUAUGGAGAUCCUCGUGUAGAUUUUUAUUUUUUUUUUAAUGUUUUAAUUGUUUUUUCUUUUUACAAUGUGUUUUAUGAACUUGUUUCUCUCCCUUGUAAACUGCAUCAUUUCAUUACUGAAAUUUUACCAAUUAAUUAAAACCAAUCAAUUAACCAUCUCUCUCCCUUUUUCCCGCUCAAAAAAGGGUUAUUUUCCCUUUUGGUUUCCACAGCCUUUUGUUGCAUUCUUUCUCCCCGGGCGCGGGUCCGUCUUCAACUUCGACUUCCUCUUCUUCUCUUCUGAGCACAUCUCCCUCCAUGUGCCCACCAUUGCGAAGUGAAGAAAAGGUUCACUAUGUUGCCUUGUUGUCCUCUUCUCCCUCUCUGCCUACGGUUUGCCGGGCAGCUCUGUUUGACGAUAUAUAUAUAUAAUAAGGAUAGGAUUCGAGUACCUUGUUCACUCCGAUUAGAACGCACGGUCGUUAUACAGCUCUAUUUGGGGAAACUUUCAGUCUAUAGAAUGCAUCAUCAGCGAUAAUGACCGUGCGUUCUAUUCGGGUGAAGACCGUAGGUGAGUGCCCUGUCUGUUGAAUUAGUAAUAGGGGCCAGGCUCGUGUCGUCGAAGGCUGCAUCCUUAUUAUUUUACUCGAUCCAAGUCGGGAUCGCAGUCUGACUGUGGUGCAUGGCUGCAAGCAUGCAAAUCUUGUACGUUCAAAUGCAAAGGGAACGCACAAGAAAGACGAGUGAGAACACAGAGAGAAGGGGAGAGAGAGAGAGAGAGAGAGAGAGAGAGAGAGAGGGGAGGGGGCGGUACGAGAGGGAAGGACAUGAAGAGAGCAAGGAAGGGGGCUCGGGGAAAGAAGGGAAGGAGAGGAGGAAAAUAACAGGAGAAGCCAAGGAAAGAAGGAAAAUGAAGGGGGAUAAGUAAGGAAGGGAGGUGUGUGUUUAUGAAGAUACUGUGAAAGAGAUUUACUCGUAUGCUAACUAAUGAGGUGUGUGUUUGUGAAGAUACUGUGAAAGAGAUUUACUCGUAUACUAACUAAUUAGUAUACUGGGAUUACAUGUAUGAUGGGGUGAAGGCAGUGACCCCUGUUUUCUGAGCCUAGAUUGGUGCACGUCGAUGACGGAAUGACACGUGGAAGAGGUUGAACUUGUAGUUAUUUGGAUUUCAUUUCCUUUUUUUUUUCGGCGGAGGAGAGAGAGGGAGGGAAUUAAAGGAGAGAGGUAUAGGUGUUGGAGACCCUUUUUUCGUUUGGUGUGUUUUCUAGCCCGGCGUAGUGUAUGUGAAAAGCCUUCAGUACCGGGGUCCCGACGUGAAUGCCUUGGGAGUUAUGCAGAGACCGGUAAUAUUGAGAGGAGCCAACAGGUAAUAGAGAAGGGACAGGCUGACGUUUACUUGGCCUGGCCUUCUUGCUGUGCUGGGAUUUCUUCGCCCGUACGAACUCGGGGGAACUCGGGAAAAGGAUAGGUGAGCGGCGGUGGUGGGCUAUAUAUAUCACAAGAGCAGCUGAGGUUAAUAGUUUUGUUGUCUUUUUUUUGUUUUGUUUUGUUUUUCACACCCUCGCCCUCUCCCCGUUUGGAAAUUGAAUAAUUGAAAUGGCUCGUCAGUGCCAAGCUGGAAAAUGUUUAUUCUUCUUUUUACCCAGCAUCAUUUUGUGCUUUUAAUCUUAUAUUAAUCUCCCUUGCCGAUGUCAUAGAUCUUAUCUACAUCUUUAUCAGUCAAUCAAUCAAUGACUCAAUC